AUGAUCUUCCCAAUGAGAUGGUUAUUUCACAGAAUUCUUAUGAAAUAUGUUAAUAGGCAGAUUCAUUUUCGGUGUAUUUCGUUAAGUUCGAUUGUAUUCAGUAGUAAAAUAUCGACUAAUAUUGGAUCCAUUUUGGAAUUCGAAUUUGAGGCUGGUCACAUGGCGCGGUUUGCUGAUGGAGCGGCCGUAGUGUCGCAAGGCGACAAUGCUAUUUUGGCAACGGUAGUUAGUAAAGAUGAAUCGGAAGGCAAGAACGAUUUUCUCCCACUGACAGUCGAUUUUAAACAAUCUGGAUCAGCCUUAGGUCGUAUACCAACUAAUUUCUUACGACGUGAAUUGCAAAUGACCGAUGCAGAUGUCCUUGCUUCGAGAACGAUUGAUCGUUCAGUUCGACCUUUUUUCCCUUCUAAUUAUUUCGCAGAAACUCAGAUAAUAUGCAAACCACUUGCAUUAGAUGAUGAUGGAGAUCCAGUUAUAUUGGGUUUGAACGCUGUUUCUGCUGCACUUAAUGUAUCAAAUGUUCCUUGGAAUGGUCCAGUUGGUGCAGUUCGAAUUGGUUUAAUUGAUGAUAAGGUUGAAGUUAAUCCGAGUCGUGAAGCCAUGAAAAACUCCAUAAUUAAUAUGAUUUUGGUAGGUUGCAAUGAUGGUAAACGAAUAGUGAUGAUGGAAAUGGAUGGAAAAGAAAUCAGUUGCGAAUCGUUAGCCAUUUGUUUAGAUAAAGGUUCAUCUGCUAUUGGAAAAGUAGUUGGCGCAAUUGAUGAAUUGCGGGCAAAUGUCGGAAAAGAAAAAAGAGUGGUGAUGGAGGAACAGAUCAAUGAAGAAUUAAUUGAGCAAAUAAAAAAGAUGAGUGAGGAUAGAUUAUAUUAUAUACUGAGUGACCAGAAACACGAUAAAAUUUCGAGGGAUUUGGCCAUAAAAGAAUUGAUGGAUGAUGUUACUGAUUCUUUAGAAGAGGAGUUUUCAGAUGAAUUACGACAAAUAUUCUAUGAAUUAGUAAAAAAUACGUUGAGGAAUAUGGUGCUAGAAACAGGUAUAAGAAGUGAUGGGCGUAGUGUAAAUGAUUUCCGGCCAAUUAAAAUUAAAGUUGACGUCUAUAAAAAAUUACAUGGAUCUGCCUUAUUUCAACGUGGUCAAACACAGAUUCUUACUACAGUUACUUUCGAUUCACCAGCAACUGCCUUUCAUCCAGAUUCUAUAUCACAACUUCUGGGUUCUCAAAGGCGUAAAAUGUUUAUGUUGCACUAUGAUUUCCCUUCAUAUGCCACUAAUGAAAUUCGUGCGCAAAGUCGAAAAAGUCGACGCGAAUUGGGUCAUGGAAACUUGGCUGAAAAUGCUCUCAAACAUGUUAUGCCUGAACAGUUUCCAUACUGUACUAGAUUGGCUUGCGAGGUUCUCGAAUCUAAUGGAUCUUCAUCUAUGGCAUCUGUAUGUGCAGGUAGUUUAGCUCUGCUAGAUGCCGGAGUGCAACUGAAAGCUCCUGUUGCGGGUCUCGCUUUAGGACUUUUUCUAAGCGAUGAUCAAAAUAAUCACAAAAUUUUAACAGAUCUUACUGGUAUGGAGGAUUAUUAUGGUCACAUGGACUUUAAAAUUGCUGGUACCUACAAUGGGUUUACUGCAAUGCAACUUGAUUUAAAAUUACCUGGAAUUGAGCGAAAAAUUUUCGAUGAAGCGAUAAUCAGAGGCAAGGAAGGUAUUUCCUAUGUGCUUGAUAUUAUGCAUGAAGUACAGCCGAUGCCAAGAACGAGUUUCAAGUCUUCAGUGCCAGUUUUUGAAACCAUUCCUAUACAAAUUUAUAAAAAACAAAUUCUCUUUCGUAGCAAUGCUUUCAAUCAAAAGCUCAUUGAAGCUGAAACUGGUGUGAAAAUUGCUAUUGAGGAUGAAGCCAAUAUAAGUUUGUUAGCGCCUAAUAAAACCAAACUUGAACAAGCUAAAAUAUUAAUGAAUAAGAUUUUUGAAGACGAAGCUAACAUCGAAUUAACAUUUGGUGGAUUAUAUAAGGCAGAAAUAACUGAAAUUGUUGAAAAUGGUGUCAUGGUCAAGUUGGCAAAAGGUUUGAAACCAAUGUUCUUGAAGAAUAUCAACCUUGAUGUCAGGCGAGUGGCACAUGCCACCGCUCUUGGUCUUGAAGUCGGUUCGAUUAUUACGGUUCAGUAUUUGGGUCGUGACUCUAUUACAGGCCAGCAUCGCAUUUCUAGGAGAACAAUUCAGACCACUGCUUUACCAGUCGAGAAUUUGACUAGAAAAUGA